AUGGCACCAAAACGCCAACGGGCGCCGACGAGCCCCAUCGAGAGGGCAAAUCGCCAAACAGACAAAGAGUUCAUCGCCAACUAUCUCCAACCAUCCGUAACAUCCUCAACACUACACCCCUCAUCGCCAGCGCAACUACCACCAAAACCCUGGACCACCGAAUGGUCGCAUCCCAAAACCGGCACCAAGUACACCAUUAGCUUGGUCCAGUCCGGGAAGCUCAGCGAGGAGGAACUCAAAGCAUGCUUCGACCUGAUCAAGGAGACUAGCUACGAUGACUAUCAAAACUCCAAAGAUAAAUGGCAACCCAGGAAGAAGAUGGAAGAAAUGAGAUCGCCCGAUCUUCGUUACGUCCUGGUCAAAGACGGCUCGUCCGGUUCUAUACGUGCUUUCACGUCCUUGAUGCCUACCUAUGAAGAAGGUCAGCCGGUCGUCUACUGCUACGAAAUUCAUCUCAAGCCGGAGUUACAGGGCUCCGGACUCGGUUCACUGUUGAUGGGAUUCCAUGUGACUGUGGCCACUAACCUGCCUCCGAUCACAAAAGUGAUGUUGACAUGUUUCCUAUCCAACAAACGCGCCCUUGGCUUUUACAAAAGGCACGGGUUUGGGACGGAUGACAUCUCACCUGGACCAAGAAAGUUCCGGUCAGGGAAGGUAGUGAUGCCGGAUUAUGUUAUCAUGAGUAAACCCGUUGUUCGUUCCGCACCGCUCACGAAGGACAAGCCGUCUGAACGGAAGAGAUUCCAGACCGACGCAUUUGGGUAUCACUCGCCUAAAGAUAAAAACCAUAAAGACGAAAGACCAGAUCUUGAGCCAUCCACAUCUUCCGACGGGAAAUCAUAGGCCAAUAUUGUGUUUGUGGAGAUAUCGACUCCUGAAAAACAGUGGUUUUGUGGUCUAGACUGAUGUAGGCCCCUAUGUCACGUUAAGAAAAUAUAUACAAUGAUACUAAUUCGCUUCUCUUGUGACGUUUUUCUCUGCAGGCCGUAGCCUUGAAGCAUGCACGCUGCGACAGUCGUGUAAAGUCAUUGUCAUGCGCCUGAAAUCGUCUCGCAAUGCUCGAGGCAGCCAAACAUCAUCAAAUUUCAAUGCAGCAUAUUCCAAGCCGGUAUCAACAUUCCACGUCCAACAGCCACAUAGAUGGGAGUCGAAGUCAAUUUGUCGUUCCUAAAGACGUAGCGAUACGUUAGCAAUAUCUCCUCACGGCAAUGAGCGCCUUGCUGUGCAAACCAAGCACGAGUAAUACUCACGUUUACGUGACCUGUCCCAAGUUUCGCUUCGAAGAGAGGUCUAAAAAUU